AUUUAAUGGUGUUUUCAUUCUGCAAAAAGUAAUGUUCCUAAUUGGUAUAGUAAUAAACUACUAGCUAAGCUACUACUAUCAGUUAGCUAGGUCGUGGAUAGCUGGCCAGCUAACGUUAGCCUAGCUGGCUACCAAACCAAGACUGUAACCAACAAGAAUGGUGAAGGAAACCGGCUUUUAUGAUAUGUUGGGUGUUAAGCCCAAUGCCACACCAGAUGAGCUGAAAAAGGCUUAUCGUAAGCUGGCCUUGAAAUACCACCCUGACAAGAACCCUACGGAGGGGGAGAAAUUUAAGCAGAUAUCUCAGGCAUAUGAGGUGCUGUCAGACUCCCAGAAGAGAGAGGUGUACGACCGGGGAGGGGAGAAGGCAAUAAAAGGAGGGGGCAGCGGAGGUGGCGGAGGUUUUGGAUCACCCAUGGACAUCUUUGACAUGUUCUUUGGAGGAGGUGGCCGACUGCACCGGGAGAGAAGAGGAAAGAAUGUGGUUCAUCAGCUCACAGUCUCUUUGGAAGACCUCUUCAAUGGCGCCACGAGGAAACUUGCUGUCCAGAAGAAUGUUAUUUGCGAGCGAUGUGAAGGUCGCGGGGGAAGGAAGGGUGCGGUGGAGAUGUGCAUGUCCUGUCACGGCACGGGCAUGCAGGUGCGCCUCCACCAGCUGGGGCCGGGCAUGGUGCAGCAGGUGUCCACCGUGUGCGGGGGUUGCCAGGGCCAGGGCCAGCGCAUCAGCCACAAGGACCGCUGCAAGGCCUGCAGUGGACGGAAGAUUCUGCGGCAGAAAAAGAUCCUGGAGGUCCACAUUGGCAAAGGUAUGAAGGAUGGGCAGAAGUUAGUUUUCCACGGGGAGGGAGAUCAGGAACCAGGACUAGAGCCUGGUGACAUCAUCAUUGUCCUGGAUCAGAGAGUCCAUCCAGUCUUCACCAGGCAAGGGGACAAUCUGAUCAUGACUAUGGAGCUGCAGCUGGUGGAGGCCCUGUGUGGUUUCCAGAAGCCUUGUCAAACUCUGGACAACCGACGUCUCCUCAUCACCUGCCACCCAGGGGAAUUGAUCAAACCUGGCGACAAGAAGUGUGUCAUGAAUGAGGGGAUGCCCAUGCACCGCCGGCCGUUUGAAAAGGGACGCCUCAUUAUCCUCUUUUCGGUGGUAUUCCCCGAGGCCAACUUCCUCCCCAAGCACAAGCUGAAGGAGCUAGAGCACUACCUUCCUGCCAAGAGGGAAGCGGAGCAGCCUGAGAGCAUGGACGACGACCUCUACAUAUACACCGACCUGGAGGACUGUGACCCGGCCAGAGUAAGACGCAGCCAAUACCAUUACAUGGAAGAGGAUGACAACCCGUCCGCUGGCGGGGUCCAGUGCCAGACCUCAUAAGACCCCGUCACAUCACUCCAACCUCAACCCAGCCCCCUCUGGAAACGUGCACAAACCGCAUCUUACAUUUUAUUCUCUUAACUUACAAUGCUAACUGUGGUGCCGAAGCGGUCCUUUGGGCUGGAUACCCGGAUCUAUGUUCCAAGGUGACUUGGCUGUCUUUUAGUUGGAUCGUGUGCCUGAGUGGAGGAAAUGGAUUUCUGGUUAAGUUCCUUAGAUGACCAGAAAUGAAGAUUCUGAGAUUUUGGAAGCGCUAUGGAUGCUGUCACUGACAUUUUUUUUGUUAUAUAUAUGUUUGAUUUUUAUGGUGUUUUGAUUUGUAAAUUAGCAGGUUUUGAGCACCCUCUGUCCAUUUGAUGUCACGGUUAGUACCGUUUGGGAUUUUGUGGUGUCCAAAGGUCACGAGAGAAGAUAGUUGGAAGCUAUAAUUCAUGUUGCCAAAUUGAAUCCUCACAGCGAAGAACCAUAUUGGCCUAUUUCCAUUUUAGAAUAAAUGUUUUUGUAUACCACAUCAGCAUAGUUUAGGAGAUACUUGCCAAUUAUUACACCAAUGUUUUUGUUUAAUUAAUUUUUAAUGAUAUGUUAUCUACAUUUCAUAAUGCAUAUUGACCUUUUUGUGGUUCUUCAUCUGCUGUAAUAUGGUAUAAUAUGGUAUACUUCGUUAGGUUCAACUGAUGAUGAAAAGUUAUUUACCCCAUUUUUACAAUCAAGAGUUGUCUGUUUAAUUCCUCCAUUCUUCAUGGGAAUUAGUCAAACUAAAUAAACUUUCCAUAGACCUCUCAAGAAGUUCUGCUACUGGUACCUAUGUGCUGUGACUGUCAUAAUUGUCUUGGGAUUAAAAUAAACUUAAUGGCUAGUCUUCUGCUGCCAAGUUGAAAUGAUUAAACUCUUAGUCUCAUACCUUUUACCUCAGUGAAUGGUGUGCUUGUUGUGAAGCCAAAAAGUGCAAUGUUACUGCGUUCGGAGACCAAAUUCACAGUAAAGGCUGCAUACAGUGCAUUUGGAAAGUGUUCAGACCCCUUGACUUCUUCCACAUUUUGUUACGUUAGCCUUAUUCUGAAAUGUAUAUAUUUUUAAGUCAUCAAUCUACACACAAUAGCCCAUAAUGACUAAGCAAAAACAGGUUUAGACAAAACAUUUUUAAAUAUCACAUUUACAUAAGUAUUCAGACCCUUUUACUCAGUAAUUUGUUGAAGCACCUUUGGCAGCAAUUACAGCCUCGCCUUCUUGGGUAUGACGCUACAAGCUUGGCACACCUGUCUUUGGGGAGUUUCUCCCAUUCCUCAUUUCAGAUCCUCUCAAGCUCUGUCUGGUUGGAUGGAGAGCGUUUCUGCACAGUUAAUUUCAGGUCUCCAGAGAAGUUAGGUUGCGUUCAAGUCCGGGCUCUGGCUAGGCCACUCAAGGACAUUCAUAGACUUGUCCCGAAGUCACUCCUGCAUUGUCUUGACUGUGUGCUUAGGGUUGUCCUGUUGGAAGGUGAACCUUCAUCCCAGUGAGGUCCUGAGCACUCUUGAGCAGGUUUUCAUCAAGGAUCUCUCAGUACUUUUCUCCGUUCAUCUUUCCCUCGAUCCUGACUAGUCUCCCAGUCCCUGCCACUGAAAAACAUCCCCACAACAUGACGCUGUUACUACCGUGCUUCACAGUUGGGAUGGUGUCAGAUUUCUUCCAGAUGUGACACUUGGCAUUCAGGCCAAAGAGUUCAAUCUUUGUUUCAUCAGACUAGAGAACCUUGUUUCUCAUGGUCAGUCCUUGAGGUGCCUUUUGGCAAACUCCUUACGGGCUGGCGUGAGCCUUUUUUAUUGAGGAGUGGCUUCCGUCUUGCCACUACCAUAAAGGCCUGAUUGGUGGAGUGCUGCAGAGAUGGUUGUCCUUCUUGAACUCUGGAGCUCUGUCAGUGACCAUCGGGUUCUUGAUCACCUCCCUGACCAAGGCCCAUCUCCCCCGAAUGUUCAGUUUGGCUGGGCGGCCAGCUCUUGAAAGAGUCUUGGUGGUUCCAAACUUCUUCCAUUUUAGAAUGGAGGCCUCUGUGAUUUUCAAUGCUGCAGACAUUUUUGGUACCCUUCCCCAGAUCUGUGCCUUGACACUCCUGUCUUGUAGCUCUACAGAUAAUUCAUUUGACCUCAUGGCUUGGUUGUUGUUCUGACAUGCACUGUCAACUGUGGGACCUUUUACAUAGACAGGUGUGUGCCUUUCCAAAUCAGGUCCAAUCAAUUGAAUUUACCACAGGUGGACUCGAAGUUGUAGAAACAUCUCAAGGAUGAUCAAUGGAAACGAGGCACCUGAGCUCAAAAUUGAGUUUCAUAGCAAAGGGUCUGAAUACUUAAGGUAUUUUUGGUUUUCAAUACAUUUGCAAACAUUUCGGAACAUUUCUUUUUUUGCUUUGUCAAUAUGGGGUGUUGUGUGUAGAUUUGAGAAAUGUGUUUAAUCCGUUUUAGAAAAAGGCUGUAACUGGGAAAAAAGGUAAAGGGUCUGAAUACUUUCCAAAUGCACUGUCAUCAGUCGGGCAUGACCUUUACAUGUCAAUCGCAUUAUAAUGUGGUCCAGAUUUAAUCUAGGCCUUACUAUCUAUGACUACUGUUGGAACAAUAUUGUGAAUAUGGAAGAGAAAAUAAUUAUUCAGUACGUUAAGUUUUGUCUGGUCCUAAUACAACUGAUCCAAUAAUUCACCAUGUUUGUCUAUGGUCAUAUUUAUAAUUAAAUGCUAGGAUGUUU